CUUACCGUGAGCGCGCGAUCAGACGCGCGGCAGGAGCGUGACGCUGUGUGUAUUUUCAAACCGCGGUGAUUUAACGGUCAGUUCGAGCGGGAGCCGUUACAUUACUGCAGCAAACACCGUGAAAGAGUAACUGUUAGUCAGCUGACCACCGAGUCCGUUACUCAUCAGAACUACAUUUACCGGUUUAGUCAGAGAUCCUUAAAGUAACAAAGUGUAUUUCGUCUUUCAGCAUGGCCACACAUACAGAUCAGCCUCAGAAGAGUGCGGGAGCAGUGCUUCCAGACCACGUGAGGUCAGAUCCUCCAGGAGCCGCCGGCCGUCCCCCGGGACUGGAGCCCCUGACCCAGAUCGAUCGGCUUCUUGUGCAGCAGAGAGUUGAGCUGGCUGAAGUUGUGUUGGACUGGGAGAGCAAUAAUAAGUACAAAGUGAAGAACAGUACGGGGCAGCAGGUGUUCUUCGUGUCUGAGGAAACAGACUUCUGUAGCAGACAGCUCUGUGGACCCCGGCGCUCAUUCGUCCUCCACGUCCUGGACAACACGGGACAGGAAGUGAUGAGGCUCACACGUCCUCUGAGGUGUGGGAGCUGCUGCUUCCCCUGUUGCCUGCAAGAGCUGGAGGUCCAGUGUCCACCGGGCAGCCCGAUCGGAUUCGUGCUCCAGAACUGGCAUCCCUUCCUUCCUGAGUUCACCGUACAGAACGAGAGGAGAGAAGCUGUUCUGAAGAUCGUGGGGCCGCUCUGUUCAUGCAGCUGCUGCACUGAUGUCAACUUUGAUGUUUUGUCCAUGGAUGGAUCAGCUAAGGUGGGCAGAAUCUCUAAACAGUGGUCAGGUCUGCUGAGAGAAGCUUUCACUGAUGCAGACCAUUUUGAAAUCUCCUUUCCUGUGGAUCUGGACGUGAAGAUCAAAGCUGCUCUUUUUGGAGCCUGCUUUCUCAUAGACUUCAUGUUCUUUGAACAAAACUUUCUGGAUGUCCUUCUUUCAGGUUAAAUAUUGAACUGGAUGGAUUCCAAACAUGGACUCAAAUGUGGAUCACUCAGCUAGAAGUUAUCUUACACACAGUACUCUGAUGCACCACUAGGUGACAGCAGUCCCCUUUACAGUCAGUUUUUAAUGCUCUCAGUACUAACAAAGCACCUGUUCUAAAUGAUUUGUUCAAAAAUGUUAUUAUAAAUAUGAUAAAUAUUAAAGAGAACUGUAAAGUCGGAAUGAAACUGAA